AUGUUCAUAGUUUUAUUUUAUAUUUUAUGGUUCUUUAGUUUAUUUACUAUAUAUAUUACAACCAUCACAUAUACACUCAUGGCAAGAUUUUUGAAGAAACUUUUGUCAAAUAAAACUGACGAGCAGGAGGAAUCCUUCACGUCCGCACACCUUGGAGAGGAGAAUAAUUUCUACUAUAACGAGGAGCUCAAGCAGUGGGUGGUUCGCGGCGAGGAAGACAAGGUUCGGGAGUCCACGGACAACGCGCCACCGCCCCCAGGCCCACUCGGCCCGAAUUUGGACCCAUCUGUGCCCCCAAACGCACAAUUCGCCGCCGCGGCCCACGACGGCCAGUCCCCGGAGUCCCCUGCCGCCUCGAACCCUUUUGGCCGCCGCGUCGUCAGGUCGUCUCAACUCUACACGAACAUUCCCGGCAUGAACGUGAUUGAGGCAAAGGUGCCGAACGAGUCGUUUGUGAACAUUCCCACCUCCGGGCUAUCGCAAUUCAUUCCCAAGAAGGACGACUUUGACGCUUCUCUGGUCAACGACGCCUACGCCGACCUCAUGAGGCCCAGCUCUCCCCCUGUAGAGGCCACUGAGGAGACCCCCGAGCAGAACGGGCACUUGGUUGAGGAUCAGGCUGAGCAGGUACAAUAG